GAGGCACUUCGCAGUGUCGAUGUGCGCGGACGCCCGGGGUCGCUCCGUCGGCCCCGCUUGGCGGUAGCGGCGCGAGGCCUUGCGCGGCGUCCCCGGGGACAGCGCGAGGCCUCCGGCUCCCGGGAAAGGCGACAGCGCGGCGGCGGGCGGUGGGCUGUCGUGCGUGUCGCCGGCUCACGCGGUUGCGCUGCGCUGCGGAGCGCCCGACUCCGGACCCUGAGGGCGCACCGUGGCCGUGACACACGCCGCCGCGCUCGCAGUCUCCGGGCCGAGCUCCCCGGGCCACACGGGCGCCGAGCGGCCCCUGCCGUGGAGCAGCUCCCGCCGUCCGGGAGACGCCCCCCGACCCCCGCCCCCGCGCGGCCGGACCGGACGAGCGCGCGCGGCGGGAGGAGGAGGAGGCGGCGCCGCCGGGACUGCCUCCCCCCGCCCCUCGCGUCUCCUCCCCGAGCCGCCGGGAAGGACAAGGGGACUGGGCACGGGGACCCCGGCCAGUGAGCGCCCGUGCCCCGGUGCCGCCCCUCCCGCGCGCUCUCUCGUCGCCCGCCCGGGCCGGCCUCGCCCCGCAUGGUGCCGGCAGCAGCCAUGAGCCAGGACGCGGACGCCAGCGGUCCGGAGCAGCCGGACAGAGAUGCCUGCAGUGUGCCGGGUGCCCAGGCGCCCCCGGGCCCGCGAGGGAUGCAGCCGCCGCCGCCGCCGCCGCCGCCGCCGGCCGGCCUACCGCAGAUCAUCCAAAAUGCCUCCAAGCUCCUGGACAAGAACCCGUUCUCGGUCUGUAACACGAACCCUCUGCUUCCUUCACCUGCCAGUCUCCAACUGGCUCAACUGCAAGCCCAGCUCACCCUCCACCGGCUGAAGUUGGCACAGACAGCUGUCACCAACAAUACUGCAGCCGCCACGGUCCUGAACCAAGUCCUCUCCAAAGUGGCCAUGUCCCAGCCUCUCUUCAACCAGCUGAGACAUCCAUCUGUGAUCAGUGCCCCCCACGGCCAUACCGGGGUGCCCCAACAUGCUGCAACCAUAUCCAGCACCCGAUUCCCCUCUAAUGCAAUUGCCUUUUCACCCUCCAGCCAGACACGAGGCCCAGGACCCUCUGUGAGUCUUCCCAGCCAGCCCCCCAAUGCCGUGGUGAUACAUCCUUUCAGCGGGGUAAUGCCUCAGACCCCUGCCCAGCCAGCAGUCAUCUUGGGCAUUGGCAAGACUGGGCCCACUCCGACUACAGGAGGCUUCUAUGAGUACAGCAAAGCCAACUCUGGCCAGGCAUAUGGCUCUGAAACAGACGGUCAGCCCAGCUUUCUGUCAACCUCAGCCUCUACCUCAGGCAGUGUGACCUAUGAAGGGCAUUACAGCCACACAGGGCAAGAUGGCCAAGCUGCCUUUUCCAAAGACUUCUAUGGACCCAACUCCCAAGGGUCACAUGUGACAGGUGGAUUUCCAGCUGAGCAGGUGGGGGGCCUGAAAGGUGAGGUAGGGCCGCUGGUGCAGGGCACAAACAGCCAGUGGGAGAGCCCCCACGGUUUCACUGGCCCAAGCAAGCCUGAUCUUACAGCAAAUCCCAACCUGUGGCCUCUACCCCCUGGCCAGCCCUAUGAGCUGUAUGACCCUGAGGAACCCACGCAAGACAGGACGCCUCCUUCCUUUGGGGGGCGGCUUAACAACAGCAAACAGGGUUUCAGCAGUGCCCGGCGGCGGGCCAAGGAAGAGCAGGCGAUGCUGUCCAUGCGGCCCCUGCAGGCUCAUGAGCUGAAUGACUUCCAUGGCGUGGCCCCACUGCACCUGCCACACACCUGUAGCAUCUGCGACAAGAAGGUGUUUGAUUUGAAGGACUGGGAGCUUCAUGUCAAAGGGAAACUGCAUGCUCAGAAGUGCCUGGUCUUCUCUGAAAAUGCUGGCAUCCGGUGUAUACUUGGUUCGGCAGAGGGAACACUCUGUGCCUCUCCCAACAGCACAGCUGUUUAUAACCCUGCUGGGAAUGAAGAUUAUGCCUCAAAUCUUGGAACGUCGUAUGCGGCUAUUCCAGCAAGGUCAUUUGCUCCAUCAAAUCCUGCAUUUCCUUCAACUUCCCCAGGGACAAAUUUUGCAGAACGGAAAGGUGCUGGCCGUGUCGUGCACAUCUGCAACCUCCCUGAAGGAAGCUGCACUGAGAAUGAUGUCAUUAACCUGGGGCUGCCCUUUGGAAAGGUCACUAAUUACAUCCUCAUGAAGUCGACUAAUCAGGCCUUUUUAGAGAUGGCUUACACAGAAGCUGCCCAGGCCAUGGUCCAGUAUUAUCAAGAAAAAUCUGCUGUGAUCAAUGGUGAGAAGUUGCUCAUCCGGAUGUCCAAGAGAUACAAGGAGUUGCAGCUGAAGAAACCUGGGAAAACUGUGGCUGCCAUCAUCCAGGACAUCCAUUCCCAGAGGGAGAGGGACAUGUUCCGGGAAGCAGACAGAUAUGGCCCAGAAAGGCCACGGUCUCGCAGUCCAGUGAGCCGGUCACUCUCCCCAAGGUCCCACACACCAAGCUUCACCUCCUGCAGCUCCUCCCACAGUCCUCCAGGCCCCUCCCGGGCUGACUGGGGCAACGGCCGGGACUCCUGGGAGCACUCUCCCUAUGCCAGGAGGGAGGAGGAGCGAGACCCGCCCCCCUGGAGGGAGAACGGGGAGGACAAGAGGGACAGGACAGACACAUGGGCAUGCCAUGAUCGCAAGCACUACCCCCGGCCACUGGACAAAGGCGAGCUGGAGGAGCGACUGGAAGGAGGGAGGGGCCACCGAGAAAAGCACCCCAGGUCUGGGUCCCCGAACCUGCUCCACUCUGCAUCCAGCUACAAGAGCCGGGAAGACGGCUACUACCGGAAAGAGCCCAGAGCCAAGUUGGACAAGUAUCUAAAGCAGCAGCAGGACACCCCAGGGAGAUGCAGGAGGAAGGACGAGGCCAGGCCGCGGGAGAGCAGACACCCCCACCCCGACGAUUCAGGCAAGGAAGACGGGCUGGGGCCAAAGGUCACUAGGGCCCCUGAGGGCGUCAAGUCCAAGCAAAGUGAAAAAAAUAAAACCAAGAGACCUGAUAGAGACCAAGAAGGACCUGAGGAUAGAAAAGAAAGCAAAAUGGCAGAGAAUGAGGCUGGAAAAGAGGAGCAAGAGGGCACAGAAGAAAGCCCCCGAUCAGUGGGCAGACAGGAGAAAGGAACAGAGUCCUCUGAUCCAGAAUAUACAAAGACACAAAAGGAGCAGGACUGGGAGAGUGGCAGUGAGGCAGAGGGGGAGAGCUGGUAUCCCACCAACAUGGAGGAGCUGGUCACAGUGGACGAGGUGGGGGAAGAGGAAGAUUUUAUUAUGGAACCGGACAUCCCAGAGUUGGAAGAAAUUGUGCUCAUUGACCAGAAAGACAAAAUCUGCCCAGAAAUGUGUUCCUGUGUGACAACCUCCUUAGACCUGGACUUGACCAAUGAUUUCACCAAGGAGGGAGUCAAGACCAUAGGGAAUAGGGCUGCAGAUAUCAGCCUCAAGCCACCCAGAGAACUGCCUUCUGCUUCCACAAGCUGUCCCAGUGACAUGGACGUGGAAAUGCCUGGCCUAAAUCUGGGUGCUGAGUGGAAGCCAGCUGAAUGUGAGACAGGCCUCUCACUGGAGGAUUCAGAUUGCUACGAGAAGGAGGCAAAGGGAGCGGAGAGCUCAGAUGUUCAUCUGGCCCCUGCAGUCCAGCAAAUGUCUUCCCCCAAGCCAGUGGAGGAGAGGGCCCGGCAGCCUAGCCCAUUUCUCGAUGACUGCAAGGCCAGGAGGACCCCUGAAGAUGGGACUUGUGAAGGCAGACCCCUGGAGGAGAAAGCUAGCCCCCCCACCGAAGCCGACCUCCAAAGCCAGGCUUGCCAAGGAGUGUUGACCCAGGAAAACUCCAGGUACAUGGAAACGAAAUCUCUGGAUGUGAGCUCACCAGAAUGCCCUGAAGUGGAGCUGAAACAGCCCCUUUCUUUGCCUUCCUGGGAAUCAGAGGAUGUGUUCAGUGAACUUAGCAUUCCUCUAGGUGUGGAGUUCGUGGUUCCCAGGACUGGGUUUUAUUGCAAGCUGUGUGGACUGUUCUAUACCAGCGAAGAGAUGGCGAAGAUAAGCCACUGUCGCAGUGCUAUCCACUACAGGAACUUACAGAAGUACUUAUCCCAGUUGGCUGAAGAGGGCCUGAAGGAGACCGAGGGGACAGGCAGCCCGAGGCCCGAGGACAGUGGAAUUGUGCCACACUUGGAAAGGAAAAGGCUGUGAUGCUUCUGCUGCUGCUGGAAGGUGGGAGAGGCGCUGGGACACGACUAGAGCCCAAGAGGAAGGAAAGCCAGGCAGAGCAUGUCACUUGGGUUUGUUCCCAGAGACUCAUUAAAAUGCCCGUAGGUGUCUCCAGGAGCCAAGUCACCCUGGCGUGUCCAGCCCACUGAAGGUCACCAACUCUCUCCCUGUUGACUUUUUUUAACUGAAGCAUAAUUAAGGAUACAUAUUUUGGGGGUACAGUGUUGGCUACCAUCAUCUGUGUACAACAUGUGAUGAUCAAAUCAAUACCUGUUGACUCUUGUUUCCCUCAAACAGUCAUUCAAUUUGCUUCCUUCUCUUCCUCUCGCUCCCUCCUUCUGUGCCAAGGAUCGUUUUCUUUUCAUAAAAUCCGACUACUCAGGGAUUUUCACAGUGUUUAAAUUCUUGAUAGGGUAUAACAGGUCAGGCCAGGCUGAGUCAUGCAAGACAAAGGUUUAACGGAAACUCCUGGGUCAGGAGAACCACUUCGGUGAAUCUGCAGCAGUUUCUCUGCCUGGCAGAGAACUUCUGCCUCAGUUGGCAGAAGCUGGAAGCAGCUUCAUUAACCUCUUCCUCCUGCUGGACCACCUUUUUGAAAAGCUCCUGUUUUUAAAUAAUUCUUUCAUCCUUUCAAUUAUUCUAGAAGUUUGCCAGAUUUAUGCCUUAAAGUAAAAUUAAAUGAAUUUUAUGGAGGAAGAAAAGAGCCUUUCUUUUGGAAGCUCUGUCUGAUAAGUUCCCUCUAAACUUAUUUCCCUCCUCUUGAUUUCAGGAGAUGUCAGAAUCUGUUCCAUUCUGAAUGGUGAUUUGGUAUAGAUUCACUUUAAUUAAAAAUGAAAACAGAAGCAUCUUCUCCCUCCACAUAAAACAGCAGUUGGUGUAGGUUUACGUCGAAUGCUGGUGUCUCGGCAAUGUGUGGCAUUGGCUCAGGGUCCACAGUCACAGGGAAACAGCAUCUGUCCCUGAAUCACCCUUGGUGCCUGCACUCAGGGGUCCAACAACUUCACAGUGGGACAGUUUUAACAUGUCCCUCAUUGAGGGGAGAAGCAAAGGAAAGAGAAAGCUGCAGGGCUGGAGAGUGGCAUUUGAGGUUUGCUGGUGUUUAUAGGUGGGCCCUUUCCAACUGGGUAGAGAGAGGGUCGAGGGUCUCUCAGGGUGGACCGCAUGUGCAGACUUUGAUGUCAAAAGGUUAUGAUGAACAGAGUCCUUAUUCCCAACAUUCCUUCUGAUACUGGAGGUCAGUGCCUCAGGCCCCAGACAGGCUGAGGGAUUUCUAAUCUGAUAUUCCAUUGGAAGGGUUUGGGAUGAAGGGCUAAGGGAAAUAAGGCUUUGCCGCAGCCAUAGGGCAGGCCCCAGGAUGGUCAGAAGGGAGCCUGGUGCUGUUUUCAUGAGUUGAAAUAUUCCCCAUAGGCGCCCUCCCUGGCUUAGCCUGUGAAAGAUAAAACAAGGAAGACAGUCAUUCUCCUUGGUGUGGUUCCGAACGUUGUUUCUUUUCCUGACCGCAGACAGGUUAACUGGGAAGAGGUUGUGUGUAUGUUUUGUUUUGUUUUGUUUUCCUUUUUUCUUUUUAUAGUAGGUAACAGUACACUGCACAUUCAGUCUUCUGCACUAAUGGAAGAAGAGUGGAGAGAUUAUCUAGUUCAACACUGAUAUUUUAUCAGUGAGGAAACUGAGGCACAGAGAGGAAACAAAUGUAGAAUGUAACAUGAUCGUGUGUAAGCCUUAAGGCAUGUAGUCACUGGCAAGGAGAAAACUGUUGGGAACCUGUGACAGGGAAGAGUUAAGGCAAGUACCAGGGGAAAACAGACCAGUUUGGACAGGUGUGGUAAGGAGAGGUUAGUAGAAGCUUGAAACCUGAACUCAUCAUCAGGCUGUUAAAUAAAAACUGAUAGGAGGCCAUUGGUUUGGUCUGAGCUCCUACACCAGGCCCGGCAGACCAAACCUCCAUGGAGUCACUCCUGCUGAAGUUUCACAUCACUAAACCGAAACUAAGUUGUCUGUUUGACUUUCCAAGAAAUCAGUAAAGUGAGAGAUAAUGGCCAAAUCCCCAAACAGGCCAGUUUUAGCUGGCAUGAUAAGCAAGUCUCCUCUGCUUUAACCCACAAGGAAAGUAACUUUGAAAUGACCAAUCCACUUUUUCUGUUUCUGCUUUCCUCAGUCCUGUUCUGUCUAUAAAGCCAACCUCCUCUGCUCAGCUGGUCAGGACACUCAUUCUAUUUUAUAGAAUGAAGUGUUGCCCCAUUCUAGAAUCGCAAAUAACAGCCAAUUAAGAUCUUUAAAUCUGUUGUAAUUUUGUCUUUUGACAAGGCCAUGUGGGGGCCUCAGAAAAGUUGGUAUCUAAAAUGGAAUAGAGUCUGAAGAUUGUAUCUGAGCACAAGCCGUUCCCCUGGCUAACUCCAGGGGUUUUAACUGGCAUUUUGGACACCAGCUAUGCCUCCUCCAUUUCUCAGAAGACCUUUGACCCUGUGUGUCUUUCUUCCCACUGGCGAGAAGUCUGGGGGCAGCUCUUUGGCUUCCUUGUUGCACCUUGCUGGGAAAAGCCAACAUCCUCCAUCAGAGGCUGGAACUGUGCAUUAUCAGAGAGGCUGGAAGCUUUAUCCCCCAGUGAAGUGGGAGCAGAACUCACCAGCACAUCCUCCCCCCAACUCCAGCAGUGUUUCCAUGGAAAUCCUGAGUAAUGCAAUGGCUCCCUUGCUGGCAGACUGACCUUCAUACUGGAAAGCUGGAGACAGCCCAAGGGAGGGAGAGAGAAGAGGCUCUCCUACAUUCAAUUAGAACCUUCAGACUAAAACCACCUAAGAUUAUAUCUUUGUGUGUGUGUAUAUAAAUAUAUAUAUUUAUUUUAUUUAUUUUUAUACAAUUCCAUUGGCAUGGUCCUUCACCGACUCCAUAAUUUGCACUUUUUAUUCCUAUGUGUGUCACACACAAUGCAGUAUUAAAGACAACCAGGAAAAUAUUGUUUUAUUUUUUAAAGCUGUUCUUUAGUGUUUUGUCAACCAUUUCAAAGUGUCUCUGUGAAAAGGUUGCUUAAGAGCAGUUGCUACCUUGAGCAACAGAUUCAUUUUUACCUUGGGUUUAAUAUACCAAAAGGCCUGUAUAAUUUUCUUUUUAUUAACACCUGAAAUAAAGUAUAUCCAGACCUAUUUUCAAAGAAUUUGGUGAAUCUGAUGUUGGUGUGAGCAGCAGCCAUUAGGAUCAUUGUCUCCCAUUCUUGGAUAGUCUGAGGCUGUGAUCUGUUAGAUUAUACUUGAACUGGACCAGAGUUUGUUUUUUGAGUUUAUGAGAAAAAUAAAAACGCUAGUUAUUUUAAGUUUGAACUUGUAAAGUAUUGGAAUUUGUUGAGUGUCCUAUAAAUUGUCACCACUUUUUCUGAUCUGUAUAACUGACCGCAAAGUGUUUGUUUUUACAAAAGGAAAAAAGAAGAUUUUUAAUAAAGAGAAUUUGGAAGCUUG